AUGGCUAACGGUUUCGAAAAUUGGAGGCCGUACAUGUACACGCCUUCGAUGGCGGCUGCUAUCAUAUUUGUGGUGGUAUUUGCCAUCAUUACAGCUUUCACUUCAUUCCAGUUCUAUAAAGCCUUGAGACACCCAGAAAUAGAGAAACUCGAUCGAAGACGAACCCUCAUCAUCAUCCCUUUUAUUGUCGGAGGAGCCUGUGAAAUCGGCGGCUGUGUUGCCAGAAUCGUAUCGUCCAAAGACGAAGGUGCCAAAAACCCGUUUAUCGUUCAAUCUGUGCUUUUGCUUGUGGCUCCAGCUCUUUUUGCAGCCACGAUCUACAUGACGCUAGGCCGUAUUAUCGCCAUGCUAAAGAGUGCCCGUCAAUCACUCAUUCCAUUACGCUUUCUAACAAAAAUCUUCGUUUUUGGCGACGUCUUGUCGUUUCUAAUGCAGGGCACUGGAGCAGGACUUAUGGCUGCUAAAGACACCAAGUUCAUUACCAUAGGCGAGAAUAUCAUCAUCACGGGUCUUUUCAUUCAGAUCGGAUUUUUCUCCGUCUUCAUCAUUGUAUCUGGUCUUUUUCAGUACAGAGUGUUGAAGAACCCCUCACAUGAAGCCCAAAUAACUCGAUACAUCCCAUCCACUAAGCGGAACUGGCAGUGUAUCAUGAUUACGCUUUUUGCAUGUUCAAUUCUUAUUUUGCUCAGAUGCAUAGUCCGUGCUAUCGAGUAUAUUCAGGGCUGGGACGGAUAUAUCAUUUCCCAUGAGGUGUUUCUUUACACCUUGGACCUCAUGUUGAUGUUUUUCACCAUGGUGCUCUUGAGUUUCCAGGAUAUAUGUGGAUAUUUCGUGAAGGUUGGGCCCCAGUCCAGAAGUCAAGGUGGGUUUUUGACGAGGGACUCUGAUGGAUAUGAUGAAGCCAAGGUGGGGUUUUGA